UAGGUAGUAAACAAAACACGGACCCACUCACUAACCUGCUGACGCAUUUACAGCGCGAGUUAACGGAAGGUUUCUUUUUUUUCCCCCGUUCCCAUUGGUACCCGACCCAGUCAAAGACAACCAUCUUGGUGUGACAAUGGGGAAGCCAUUUUCCCAUUUCCUGAAACAGACGGCGUAUCAUGAUGGUCAGGAUGGCCUCACCGCUCACCUAGAAGACAGUCCAACAGAAGAUGGGAAGGGUGGUGAUGUUUCCCAAUUUCCAUAUGUGGAGUUUACGGGACGAGAUAGUGUGACGUGUCCUACGUGUCAGGGUACUGGAAGGAUCCCGAGAGGACAGGAAAAUCAACUUGUGGCGUUAAUUCCAUACAGUGACCAAAGGCUUCGCCCCAGGAGAACGAAGUUGUAUGUCACCGCAUCGGUUGUUGUGUGCCUGCUGCUAUCCAGUUUGGCGGUAUUUUUCCUCUUCCCUCGAUCUAUCGACGUGACCUACGUCGGGGUGAAGUCGGUUUACGUCGGUUAUGACAAAGAGAAGCAGAGUGUCUAUUUGAACAUCACGAACACUCUCAACAUCACCAAUAACAACUACUACUCAGUCGAGGUGGCCAACAUCACAGCCCAAGUGGAGUUCGUCAAAACCGUGAUUGGCAAAUCUCGUAUGAUGAACACGACUGCCAUCGGCCCUCUCGACAUGAAACAGAUUGACUAUAUGGUCCCCACCGUCAUAGUGGACGAGAUGAGCAGCAUAUAUGACUACUGUACCCUGCAAUCCAUCAAGGUUCACAACAUAGUUUUCAUGAUGCAAGUGACUGCCACCACCACAUACUUCAGCCAUGCUGAGCAAGUGUCACAGGAGAUGUACCAGUAUGUCGACUGCGGUGGGAACACCACUUCCAACAGCGGAAUGACAAAGCCGUUUCACAUCCCACAUCCCGAGUAACAACCUGACACUACCACUCAAAGCAUUUGAAGUUCUUUCGUGUUACUCUGUUGUCUAAUUUUCUUCCUACCCUUCAGAUGAAGUGUCACAUUUGUUGUAUGAUUUCAAGAAACGAAAAUCCAGACUGAAUCAACCCAGGAAAGCUCUUCUUGGCAAAUGUAAUGUCUCUUGUGAACAUUUGAAGAAAACGACCAUCACAAUACUUGAAA